UUCUUUUCUUCACUUUUUCAUUUUCCUCUUUAAAACUAUCAAUUUUUCCACUCUCAUCAUCAUGGCUCCCGCCGGCAAAGACCUGCAGCUCACUCCCCUCACCGCCGGCCGGACCACCACCGCCGAUGACUCCGAUUCCGACGACCUAGAGGACGUGCGCCUCCUUGACUCCUACGACCGAAACGAUGCCACGAUGCGGCGAAUUCAGGUCAGAGUCUCCGGCAUGACAUGCGCCGCUUGCUCCACUUCCGUUGAGUCGGCUCUGAAAUCCCUCGACGGCGUUUCUACCGCCUCCGUCGCCUUGCUACAGAACAAAGCCGACGUCGUUUUCAACCCGGCUCAGCUCAAGGAUGAAGACAUUAAAAAUGCUAUUGAAGAUGCAGGGUUUGAAGCAGAUAUAUUACCUGAAUCUAGUACCUCUGGAAAGGUUCCACAUAGAACCCUGGUGGGACAGUUCACAAUUGGAGGUAUGACAUGUGCAGCCUGUGUGAAUUCCGUCGAAGGUAUUUUGAGAAAUAUUCCAGGGGUCAAAAGAGCUGAGGUAGCCUUGGCUACUUCAUUAGGAGAAGUUGAGUAUGACCCCAGUGUAAUUAGUAAAGAUGAUAUAGUCAAUGCAAUCGAGGAUUCUGGUUUCGAGGCGGCAUUUGUACAGAGCAAUGAGCAGGAUAAAAUAAUUUUAGAGGUUGUUGGUGUGUACAGUUUGAUAGAUGCACAGGUUUUAGAAGGCAUGCUUAGUAGCAUGAAAGGAGUAAGACAGUUCCGUUUUGACCAGAGAUCAGGUGUACUAGAUGUUCUGUUCGACCCUGAAGUUCUCAGUUCUAGAUCCUUGGUUGAUGGGAUCCAGGGGGGAAGCAAUGGAAAGUUUAAAUUACAUGUUAGAAGCCCGUAUACAAGGAUGGCUUUCAAAGAUGUUGAAGAGACCUCCACUAUGUUUCGACUCUUUCUCUCCAGUCUGUUUCUUAGUAUCCCUCUCUUCUUGAUGAAGGUAGUUUGUCCUCAUAUACCAUUAAUAUAUUCCUUGUUACUUUGGAGAUGUGGCCCUUUCCUCAUGGAUGAUUGGUUGAAAUGGGCAUUGGUGAGUGUCAUCCAAUUUGUGAUUGGGAAGCGCUUUUACAUUGCAGCUGGCAGGGCUCUUAGAAAUGGUUCAACAAACAUGGAUGUCCUGAUUGCUGUGGGCACUACUGCGUCUUAUGUUUAUUCUGUUUGUGCUCUUCUAUAUGGCGCUCUUACUGGAUUUUGGUCCCCAACUUACUUUGAAACAAGUGCUAUGCUUAUAACAUUUGUAUUGUUGGGCAAGUAUUUGGAAUCCCUUGCUAAGGGAAAGACAUCUGAUGCCAUCAAGAAAUUAGUAGAACUUGCUCCUCCAACAGCUUUAUUAGUUGUCAAAGAUAAAGGUGGUAAAUCUAUUGAAGAAAGGGAAAUUGAUUCUUUGCUUGUUCAACCUGGUGACACAUUGAAAGUUCUUCCUGGCACGAAGAUUCCUGCAGAUGGUAUCGUUACGUGGGGCUCAAGUUAUGCAAAUGAGAGCAUGGUAACGGGCGAAUCUGCACCUGUUUUGAAGGAGGUGGGUGCUUCUGUUAUUGGAGGUACAAUAAAUUUGCACGGCGUCCUUCACAUUCAAGCUAGCAAAGUAGGAUCCGAUACAGUUUUGAGUCAGAUAAUUAGUUUGGUUGAGACGGCCCAGAUGUCCAAAGCUCCCAUUCAGAAGUUUGCUGAUUAUGUGGCAAGUAUAUUUGUUCCUACAGUUGUUUCGUUAGCAUUAUUGACAUUAUUGGGUUGGUAUAUUGCUGGCUCUAUUGGAGCUUACCCAGAAGAAUGGCUUCCAGAAAAUGGAAAUCACUUUGUUUUUGCCCUAAUGUUCUCAAUAUCUGUAGUGGUUAUUGCAUGUCCCUGUGCACUUGGCUUGGCAACCCCAACCGCUGUCAUGGUGGCGACAGGGGUUGGGGCUAACAAUGGAGUAUUAAUUAAAGGAGGAGAUGCCUUGGAAAGGGCUCAGAUGGUGAAGCAUGUGAUAUUUGAUAAAACUGGUACUCUAACUCAGGGAAAAGCCUCUGUUACUACUGCCAAGGUAUUCACUGGAAUGCAACGUGGGGAAUUUCUCACAUUGGUGGCUUCUGCUGAGGCUAGCAGUGAACACCCACUGGCAAGAGCGAUAUUAGCAUAUGCACGCCAUUUUCAUUUCUUUGAUGACUCUUCAGCUACAACUGAUACCCUGAAUGAUGUGAAGUCUGGGUGGCUUUUUGAUGUCUCAGACUUCUCUGCUCUCCCAGGAAGAGGUGUCCAAUGCCUUAUAGAUGGGAAGCGUAUCUUGGUUGGUAAUAGGAAGCUGAUGGUGGAAAAUGGUAUAGAUAUUUCAACGGAAGUGGAAAAUUUUGUGGUUGAGCUGGAACAAAAUGCACAAACAGGGAUACUGGUAGCCUAUGAUGAUAUAUUAAUUGGAGUUUUAGGGGUUGCGGACCCACUGAAGAGAGAAGCUUGUGUAGUUAUAGAGGGCCUCCAGAAAAUGGGUGUCAUACCUGUUAUGGUUACAGGAGAUAACUGGAGAACAGCUCGUGCUGUCGCAAAGGAGGUUGGCAUCCGAGAUGUUAAGGCAGAGGUUAUGCCUGCGGGAAAGGCUGACAUUGUACGCUCAUUCCAAAAAGAUGGAAGCUUGGUUGCAAUGGUGGGUGAUGGUAUCAAUGAUUCUCCUGCAUUAGCUGCUGCUGAUGUUGGCAUGGCAAUCGGGGCUGGAACUGACGUUGCAAUAGAAGCUGCUAACUUUGUGUUGAUGAGGAAUAACUUGGAAGAUGUGAUCACAGCUAUUGAUCUUUCCCGGAAAACCUUUUCUCGCAUCCGGUUGAAUUAUGUAUUUGCAAUGGCUUACAACGUUGUGGCUAUACCAGUUGCCGCUGGGGUUUUAUAUCCUUCUUUGGGGAUCAAGCUGCCACCCUGGGUUUCUGGUGCAUGCAUGGCUCUCUCUUCUGUAAGUGUAGUAUGCUCUUCUUUGCUUCUUAAAAGAUAUAGAAGACCUAGACUUACUGCAGUACUUGAAAUACUUGUAGAGUAACACAAAAGGAAUGAAAAUUAAUAGGUUUUAGCUUUUAAGGGUUAAAUGACUUUGCUGGUAGCUUGUAAUUUAGUUGUGUGUAUGCUCCUUUAGUUCCUGCACCCAUAGAUUGUGCUCAUGGUAAUGUGUAAAUCAAGAAGCAAAGUAAAUUAGGUUGCUGAAACUUGUCCUGUUUCACGCGGAACCUAGGUUUAAUUAUUCGGGACACGGUUCAUGUAAAGUUUGUUUCUAACUGAAACAUAGUAAUGAAGAGUAUAUUUAUCUUUUAUUUA